CUCGGCUGCGGGGCGGGGUCUGCGGGCGCCCGAGAGCUUCCGGAAACAGUCGAGCCGCACCGUGCAUCCCCAACCAAAAUGGCGGCGGCUGUGGUGAUGAUGAUGGCUCGGUGAGGCAGUGAGAGGCUCCGCCACAGUCACCUCUGGGGGAGAAAGUCAUCUCCGUUGCUGUGACUUCGUGCUAUUAUCACCCGGUCUCCUCCCACACCGCCCAUCGGGGCCCCGUCUGUGCUCCUCGUCCCCCGACACGUCCCCGGGCCUUGCGGCGCUGCAUACACCGGCUGGCGGGGCGGCAGGCAGCGCCACAUCCAUGCUCGGGACGCGGCCCCUUCAUGAACGAUGUGUGAGAUCUGUGCAGACCUGGUGGAGGUGUUAAACGAGAUAUCAGACACAGAUGGCAGUGAUGAAUUACAGCUCAGAAAAGAACAUGCUCUCAAGAUAUUUGCUUACAUUAAUUCCUGGACACAAAGACAGUGUCUGUGCUGCUUUAAGGAGUAUAAACAUUUGGAGAUCUUUAACCAAGUGGUAUGUGCCCUUAUUAACUUGGUGAUUGGCCAAGUCCAAGCCCUGCGGGACCAGCUUUUGAAAGUUUGCACUUCGAGCCCUGAUUCAAACUGGCAGGAUGAGGCUAACCCAUCUGAGGAGCUACUGAAUGUGGAGAAGGAACCACAAGAGGAGGAAGGGGAAGAGGGGCAAGCGGAACCAUGCAAAUCCCCAGAGAAGCAGUUAGAAGCAGCACGGACUUGUAACCUGACAGAAGAGGACUCUAUGAAAAGCACUGACCCGUAUAAUUUAUGGAGUACAGAUGAAAAAGAAAAACUUUUAUUGUGUGUGGCAAAAAUUUUUCAGAUACAAUUUCCUCUCUACACGGCUUACAAGCAUAACACGCAUCCAACAAUAGAGGAUAUCUCUGCUCAAGAAAGCAAUCUUUUAGGGGCCUUCUGUGACAUGAACGAUGUAGAGGUCCCUCUGCACCUUCUCCGUUAUGUGUGUUUGUUCUGUGGGAAAAAUGGCCUUUCUCUUAUGAAGGAUUGCUUUGAAUAUGGUUCUCCGGACACUCUUCCCUUUCUAAUCGCUCAUGCAUUCAUCACUGUUGUAUCCAAUAUCAGAAUAUGGCUGCACAUCCCAGCUGUUAUGCAGCAUAUUAUACCAUUUAGGACCUAUGUUAUAAGGUACUUGUGUAAACUGUCUGACCAGGAGCUGCGGCAGAGUGCAGCCCGCAACAUGGCUGACCUAAUGUGGAGCACUGUGAAGGAGCCCCUGGACACAGCUCUGUGCUUUGAUAAAGAGAGCCUGGACUUGGCUUUCAAAUAUUUUAUGUCACCCACACUAACAAUGCGGCUAGCUGGACUGAGUCAGAUAACGAAUCAGCUACAUACGUUUAAUGAUGUCUGUAACAAUGAGUCUUUGGUAUCUGAUACGGAAACAUCUAUAGCAAAAGAGCUGGCAGAUUGGCUCAUCAGCAAUAAUGUUGUGGAACAUAUUUUUGGACCAAACCUACACAUUGAGAUCAUCAAACAGUGCCAAGUUAUCCUGAAUUUUCUAGCUGCAGAAGGUCGCCUGAGCACUCAGCACAUAGACUGUAUCUGGGCAGCAGCGCAGCUGAAGCAUUGUAGUCGCUAUAUACAUGAUCUAUUUCCUUCAUUAAUUAAAAACCUGGAUCCAGUGCCACUAAGACAUCUUCUAAAUCUUGUUUCUGGUCUUCAUCCCAGCGCACACACAGAGCAGACCUUGUACUUGGCAUCAAUGCUAAUUAAGGCCCUCUGGAACAAUGCGCUGGCAGCUAAAGCCCAACUUUCUAAACAAAGCUCCUUUGCUUCAUUACUGAAUACUAAUCUACCAAUGGGUAACAAAAAGGGUUCGCCGGCAGCUAGCCCCCAGAGCAGUGACAAUAGUGACACUCACCACAGUGGCGGAAGUGACAUAGAAAUGGAUGAACAAAUCAUGAACCGAUCUAAGCAUGUACAACAGCGACUGUCAGAUACUGAGGAAUCCAUGCAAGGCAGCUCAGAUGAAACUGCAAACAGCGGUGAGGAUGCCAGCAGUGGACCGGGAAGUAGUAGUGGGCACAGUGAUGGGUCAAGCAAUGAAGUAAAUUCCAGUCAUGCCAGUCAGUCUGCAGGCAGCCCAGGCAGUGAGGUGCACUCAGAGGAUAUAGCAGAUAUGGAAGCCUUAAAAGAAGAGGAUGAGGAAGAGGAGCAUUCCCACAACCCAUCCAAAAACAACAGAGUAGUCGAUCUCCAGAAGAGAAAGAUGGAAUCACAAGCGGGUAUUUGUUUGGGGGAGUCCCAGGGCGCAACGGACAUGGGUACAUCAAGCAAUGGGACAUGCAAGGACCUGGUUUUUAAUUCGGAGUCUGUUCAACCAGGUGAUAACCGCAUGCGGAUCUUGGAUGCCUGCUCCCACGCUGAAGAGCCUGAGCAUGAUGUGACGGGCGAGAUGGAUGCUGGCCACAUGCAAGGAUCUCACGAUACCUGCAUCGCACGCACUGGCGACUUCCUUGGAGAGGCUAUUGGGAAUGAGCUGUUUAACUGCAGACGGUUUAUUGGGCCCCAGCAUCACCAUCACCACCACCACCAUCAUCACCACCAUCGCCACCACCACGAGGGGCACAUGGUAGAUGACAUGCUGAGUGCAGAUGACGUGAGUUGUAGCAGCUCACAAGUAAGUGCAAAGUCUGAGAAAAACAUGGCAGACUUUGAUGGAGAAGAAUCGGGCUGUGAGGAAGAACUUGUACAAAUCAAUUCACAUGCAGAGCUGACCUCUCACCUGCAGCAGCACCUUCCCAACCUGGCUUCUAUCUACCAUGAGCAUCUGAGCCAAGGUCCUUCUGUACAUAAACACCAGUACAACAGCAACGCUGUGGUGGACAUCAACCUGGAUAAUGUGUGUAAAAAAGGGAACACGUUACUAUGGGACCUGGUUCAGGAUGAGGAUGCGGUCCACCUGUCUGAAGGAUUAAUAAACGAAGCAGAAAAGCUUCUCUGUUCCUUAGUUUGCUGGUUUACCGACAGACAGAUUAGAAUGCGUUUCAUCGAGGGCUGCUUGGAAAACCUUGCCAACAAUAGGUCUGUCGUUGUCUCACUCAGACUUUUGCCCAAGUUAUUUGGGACCUUUCAGCAGUUUGGAAGCAGCUAUGAUACUCACUGGAUAACAAUGUGGGCAGAAAAGGAGCUAAAUAUGAUGAAGCUCUUCUUUGAUAAUUUGGUACACUACAUCCAGUCUAUCAGAGAUGGGAGGCACAAGCAUGUCUUGUACAGCCACAGUGCAGAAGUUCAAGUUCGUCUUCAAUUUUUAACAUGUGUUUUCUCAACAUUGGGCUCACCAGAUCAUUUCAGGCUGAGUUUGGAACAAGUAGACAUCUUAUGGCACUGCCUAGUAGAAGACUUGGAGUGCUAUGAUGAUGCAUUACAUUGGUUCUUGAAUCAGGUGCGCAGCAAAGAUCAACAUGCUAUGGGAAUGGAAACUUAUAAACACCUGUUUUUGGAGAAGAUGCCACAACUUAAACCUGAAACUAUCAGCAUGACAGGGUUAAACCUUUUCCAGCACCUCUGCAAUCUGGCCCGGUUGGCAACAAGCGCUUAUGAUGGUGGCUCAAACUCCGAGCUAUGUGGCAUGGACCAGUUUUGGGGCAUUGCAUUAAGAGCACAUACUGGAGAUGUCAGCCGUGCUGCAAUCCAGUAUAUCAACUCAUAUUAUAUUAAUGGUAAAACAGGGCUAGAGAAAGAACAUGAGUUUAUUAGUAAAUGUAUGGAAAGUCUUAUGAUUGCCUCCAGUAAUCUUGAGCAUGACUCUCAAUCAAGCCUCACUAUCAUUGAACGAGGACUCUUGAUGCUAAAAACGCACCUAGAAGCUUUCAGGAGACGGUUUGCUUAUCACCUAAGACAGUGGCAGAUUGAAGGCACUGGUAUUAGCAGUCACUUGAAGGCACUGAAUGACAAGCAGUCGUUACCACUAAGAAUUGUGUGCCAGCCAGCAGGACUUCCAGAUAAGAUGACCAUAGAAAUGUAUCCGAGUGAUCAAGUAGCUGAUCUACGGGCAGAAGUCACCCACUGGUAUGAGAAUUUACAGAAAGACCAGUUGAAUCAACAACCUCAACUUCAAGAGUUUGGACAGAGUAGUCGAAAAGGAGAUUUUCCUGGUGGUCUAAUGGGCCCAGUUCGAAUGAUUUCAUCUGGUCAUGAAUUAACAACGGAUUAUGAUGAGAAAACUCUUCAUGAGCUGGGAUUCAAGGAUAUGCAGAUGGUGUUUGUGUCUUUGGGUGCUCCACGUCGGGAAAGAAAAGGUGAAGGUGUGCAGCUUCCUGCUUCAUGCCUGCCGCCCCCACAGAAGGAAAACAUCCCCAUGCUUCUCCUCCUUCAAGAACCUCAUCUCACCACACUGUUUGAUUUGUUGGAAAUGCUAGCCUCUUUCAAGCCUCCUUCAGGAGAGAUGAACUUGGAAGAUAUCGAGAGUGCUAGAUGUGAGGAGCUGCAUCUCCAUGCUGAGAACCUCUCCAGGCGUGUGUGGGAGCUCCUGAUGCUGCUUCCAACCUGUCCCAAUAUGCUGCAGGCAUUUCAAAACGUGUCUGAGGAGCAGGCUAACGAUGGACCUUGUUGGAAAGACUUGCUACGGAUAAAAAGCGCUCAUAAACUUCUGUAUGCUCUUGAAAUUAUUGAAGCACUGGGCAAACCAAACAGGAGAAUAAGGAGAGAGUCUACGGGCAGUUAUAGCGAUUUGUAUCCAGACUCCGAUGACUCUAGUGAAGAUCAGAUUGAGAACAGUAAAAACACAUGGAGCUGCAAGUUUGUUGCUGCAGGGGGUCUACAACAGCUAAUAGAAAUCUUCAAUUCUGGGAUUCUGGAGCCCAAAGUACAUGAAUCAUGGACUGUGUGGCAGCUGGACUGUUUAGCGUGUUUGCUCAAGUUGAUAUGUCAGUUUGCUGUGGACCCAACAGAUCUGGAUCUGGCAUAUCAUGACGUGUUUGCUUGGUCAGGAAUAGCUGAGAACCACAGAAAAAGAACGUGGCCUGGCAAAUCGAGAAAGUCCGCUGGUGAUCACUCAAAGGGCCUCAACAUACCCCGUUUGACAGAGGUUUUCCUAGUUCUUGUCCAAGGAACCUGUUUGAUUCAGCGGUUAAUGUCUGUUGCUUAUACCUAUGAUAAUUUAGCCCCAAGAGUCCUGAAGGCCCAGUCAGAUCAUAGGUCAAGGCAUGAAGUUACACAUUAUUCAAUGUGGCUCCUGGUUAGCUGGGCUCAUUGCUGUUCUGUGGUGAAAUCCAGCCUUGCAGACAGUGAUAAUUUACAAGAUUGGCUCAAAAAAUUAACCCUUCUUAUUCCCGAGACUGCAGUGCGUCAUGAAUCCUGCAAUGGUCUGUACAAGCUGUCCCUUUCUGGUCUGGAUGGCGGUGACUCAAUAAACAGAUCAUUUUUGCUGCUGGCUGCAUCAACUUUGUUGAAAUUUCUUCCCGAUGCUCAAGCAUUGAAACCUAUUCGGGUAGAGGACUACGAGGAAGAAACUAUUCUACGACCUGGAUGUAAAGAAUAUUUUUGGUUACUGUGUAAACUGAUCGAUAACAUCCAUGUCAAAGAUGCCAGUCAGACCACAUUGCUUGAUUUGGACGCAUUAGCAAGGCAUUUGGCAGACUGCAUUCGCAGCCGAGAAAUCCUAGACUACCAGGAUGGUAACAUAGAAGAUGAUGGCAUGACAGGACUCCUGAGGCUUGCAACCAGUGUCAUCAAACAUAAACCUCCCUUCAAAUUUUCUAGGGAAGGGCAGGAGUUCCUCAGAGAUGUUUUUAAUCUACUUUUCCUGUUGCCAAGCCUAAAGGACAGGCUGCAGCCCAAAUGUAAAUCCCAUUCCUCCCGGGCAGCGGCAUAUGACCUCCUGGUGGAAAUGGUGAAGGGCUCAGUGGAGAACUACAGGCUGUUGCACAACUGGGUAAUGGCACAGCAUAUGCAGUCUUCCCACGCACCUUAUAAAUGGGACUAUUGGCCACACGAUGAUGUCCGGGCUGAAUGCAGGUUCGUUGGGCUAACUAAUCUCGGAGCAACCUGUUAUCUGGCUUCUACCAUUCAGCAGUUAUACAUGAUACCGGAGGCCAGGCAAGCCAUCUUUACAGCUAAGUACUUAUGGAAAGAAUGCAGCUCUGGUGCGAAUCUCCAAAAUUAUUCGGAUGAUAUUAAACAUAAGACUACCUUGCUGGAACUGCAAAAAAUGUUUACAUAUUUAAUGGAGAGUGAAUGCAAAGCUUACAACCCCAGGCCUUUCUGCAAGACGUACACCAUGGAUAAACAGCCACUCAAUACGGGGGAACAGAAAGACAUGACUGAGUUCUUUACAGAUCUCAUUACAAAGAUUGAAGAAAUGUCUCCUGAACUUAAAAACACAGUCAAAACUUUAUUUGGAGGUGUCAUCACAAACAAUGUUGUCUCUUUGGAUUGUGAACAUGUAAGUCAAACAGCUGAAGAAUUCUACACAGUUAGAUGUCAGGUGGCAGAUAUGAAAAACAUCUAUGAGUCACUGGAUGAAGUUACUAUCAAAGACACAUUGGAAGGUGACAACAUGUACACGUGUUCCCACUGCGGCAAGAAGGUGCGGGCAGAGAAAAGAGCGUGUUUUAAGAAGCUACCACGAAUAUUAAGCUUUAAUACUAUGCGUUACACAUUUAACAUGGUCACCAUGAUGAAGGAAAAGGUCAAUACUCACUUCUCAUUUCCUCUGCGACUGGAUAUGACGCCUUACACAGAAGAUUUUUUAAUGGGAAAAAAUGAUCGAAUAGAAGGUUUUAAAGAGGAAGGUGAAGACCUAAAAGAGACAGAGAGCUAUGAGUAUGAUUUAAUAGGUGUUACUGUUCAUACUGGCACUGCUGACGGUGGUCAUUACUACAGCUUCAUCAGAGAUAUUGUGAACCCACAUGCUUAUAAAAAUAACAAAUGGUAUCUCUUCAAUGAUGCUGAAGUAAAGCCAUUUGAUUCAGCUCAGCUUGCUUCGGAGUGCUUUGGUGGUGAGAUGACUACAAAGACAUAUGAUUCUGUAACCGAUAAAUUCAUGGACUUCUCUUUUGAAAAGACCCACAGUGCUUAUAUGCUGUUUUAUAAACGUGUGGAGCCGGAAGAGGAAACCAGCAAGGCGGUGAAGUUUGAUGUCUCCUCAGAGCUCCUUGAGUGGAUCUGGCAUGACAACAUGCAAUUUCUACAGGACAAGAACAUCUUUGAGCACACAUAUUUUGGGUUUAUGUGGCAACUGUGUAGCAGUAUCCCAAGCACAUUACCGGAUCCUAAGGCAGUGUCUCUAAUGACUGCCAAGCUUAGUACAUCGUUCGUUUUGGAGACAUUUAUUCAUUCAAAAGAAAAGCCCACAAUGCUUCAGUGGAUUGAACUACUGACAAAGCAGUUUAACAACAGCCAAGCAGCUUGCGAGUGGUUUUUGGAUCGAAUGGCUGAUGAUGACUGGUGGCCUAUGCAGAUACUGAUCAAGUGUCCAAAUCAGAUUGUUAGACAGAUGUUCCAGCGUCUCUGUAUACAUGUUAUUCAGAGGCUACGAUCGGUACAUGCUCAUUUAUACCUACAGCCUGGCAUAGAAGAUGGCUCUGAUGACAUGGACGGGCCUGUAGAGGACAUAGGCAGCCGCUCCUGUGUUACUCGCUUUGUGAAGACUUUGCUGUCUAUCAUGGAGCAUGGGGUGAAGCCUCACAGCAAGCAUCUGACAGAGUACUUUGCCUUUCUAUAUGAAUUUGUCAAAAUGGGAGAGGAAGAGAGCCAGUUUCUGCUAUCGCUACAAGCCAUAUCAACCAUGGUGCAUUUUUACAUGGGAACCAAAGGGCCUGAAAAUUUGUACCUAUUAUUGCAGCCACAAGUUGAAGUACUGUCUGAGGAAGAAGAAGGCGAGGAAGAGGAGGAAGAAGAUAUUCUUUCUCUUGCUGAAGAAAAGUAUAGACCUGCAGCCUUGGAAAAGAUGAUUGCUCUUAUAGCUUUCCUAGUGGAACAGUCUCGUUCUGAAAGGCAUCUUACUUUGUCACAGAAUGACAUGGCAGCAUUAACAGGUGGAAAGGGCUUUCCUUUUCUGUUCCAACAUAUACGUGAUGGAAUUAAUAUCCGACAAACCUGUAAUCUCAUUUUCAGCCUUUGCCGAUAUAACAACCGCCUUGCUGAGCACAUUGCAUCAAUGCUUUUUACAUCCAUUGCAAAGCUAACCCCAGAGGCUGCCAAUCCUUUCUUCAAGCUGCUGACGAUGAUCAUGGAGUUUGCUGGUGGUCCCCCAGGAAUGCCUCCUUUUGCAUCUUACAUUUUACAAAGAAUAUGGGAGGUGAUUGAAUACAACCCAUCUCAGUGCCUCGAUUGGCUGGCAGUUCAAACCCCUCGAAACAAGCUGGCACAUAGCUGGGUUUUACAGAAUAUGGAGAACUGGGUGGAACGCUUCCUGCUGGCACACAACUACCCAAGAGUGAGAACAUCUGCAGCCUACUUAUUGGUAUCGCUGAUUCCAAGCAACUCGUUUCGUCAGAUGUUCCGAUCCACACGCUCUCUCCACAUCCCCACCCGAGACCUGCCCCUCAGUCCAGACACAACAGUGGUACUCCACCAGGUGUACAAUGUCCUCCUGGGCCUUCUCUCUAGAGCAAAGCUCUAUGUCGAUGCUGCUGUCCACGGUACCACCAAGCUAGUGCCCUAUUUUAGCUUCAUGACUUACUGUUUGAUUUCCAAAACGGAAAAGCUAAUGUUCUCCACAUAUUUUAUGGAUCUGUGGAACCUCUUCCAGCCCAAGCUGUCUGAGCCAGCCAUAGCAACAAAUCACAACAAGCAAGCUCUUCUUUCCUUCUGGUACAAUGUGUGCGUUGAUUGCCCUGAGAAUGUGCGGCUUAUUGUUCAGAACCCUGUGGUCACCAAGAAUAUUGCCUUUAACUAUAUCUUGGCGGAUCACGAUGACCAAGAUGUGGUUCUCUUCAACCGUGGCAUGUUGCCGGCCUAUUAUGGAAUCCUUCGCAUGUGCUGUGAGCAGUCUCCUGCCUUCACCCGUCAACUCGCCUCACACCAGAACAUUCAGUGGGCCUUUAAAAACCUCACUCCACAUGCCAGCCAGUACCCUGCGGCCGUGGAAGAGUUGUUUAACCUCAUGCAGCUCUUUGUAGCUCAGAGACCAGACAUGAGGGAAGAGGAACUGGAAGAUAUCAAGCAGUUUAAGAAAACUACCAUAAGCUGUUAUUUACGUUGCUUAGAUGGCCGCUCAUGCUGGACAACAUUAAUAAGUGCCUUCAGAAUAUUAUUGGAGUCUGAUGAAGACAGACUUCUUGUUGUAUUUAACAGAGGGUUAAUCUUAAUGACAGAGUCCUUUAACACAUUACAUAUGAUGUAUCAUGAAGCUACAGCCUGUCAUGUGACUGGAGACUUAGUGGAGCUGCUGUCCAUAUUCCUGUCUGUCCUUAAAUCCACGCGUCCUUAUCUUCAGAGAAAAGACGUCAAGCAGGCGCUGAUUCAGUGGCAGGAAAGGAUAGAAUUUGCUCACAAACUGUUAACCUUGUUAAACUCUUACAGUCCUCCAGAGCUAAGAAACGCCUGUAUAGAUGUGCUGAAAGAACUUGUGUUGUUGAGUCCUCAUGAUUUUUUGCACACGCUGGUCCCUUUCCUACAGCACAACCAUUGUACAUACCAUCACAGCAACAUCCCAAUGUCCCUCGGUCCCUACUUCCCAUGUCGUGAAAACAUGAAACUCAUAGGAGGAAAAAGCAAUAUCCGUCCUCCCCGCCCAGAGCUCAAUAUGUGUCUCUUACCCACAAUGGUAGAAUCCAGCAAGGGUAAAGAUGAAGUGUAUGACCGCAUGCUGCUAGAUUACCUAUCCUCCUAUCACCAGUUCAUCCAUCUCCUCUGCCGAGUAGCAAUCAAUUGUGAAAAGUUUACUGAAGCUUUAAUUAAGCUGAGUGUCCUGAUUGCAUAUGAAGGGCUGUCCCUGCAUCUUGGUUUAUUUCCGAAGCUCUGGACUGAAUUAUGCCAAACACAGUCUCCACUGGCAAAAAACUGCAUCAAGCUGCUGUGUGAGGACCCAGUUUUCGCAGAGUAUAUUAAAAGUAUUUUAAUGGAUGAACGUGUUUUCCUCAAUAACAACGUUGUGUACACAUUCCUGAGCCACUUCCUGAUAAAGGUUCAAAGUCAGGUCUUCUCAGAAACCAAUUGUGCAGGUCUCAUUAACACAAUAAUUACACAUCUCAUCAAUCAGUAUCAAAAUGUGGAGUCUGAUUUUAUCAGCAGAAUUGAAAUUUCCAAAGCAAGCAGCACUUUAAACGGGGAUCUCAGAGCAUUGGUUCUACUCCUUUCAGUUCACACUCCAAAACAGAUGAAUGCAGCCUUAAUACCAACAUUACAAGAGCUCCUGAGCAAGUGCAGGGCCUGCCAGCAGCAAUCCAAUUCAUUACAAGAGCAAGAAUCCAAAGAAGGUAAAACUAAAGACGAUGAAGGUGCUACUCCGGUGAAACGGAGGCGAGUUAGCAGUGAUGAGGAACACUUGGUUGACAACUGUAUCAGUGACCUGAAGAAUGAGCGUGAAGCAUCCACCCCAACAAGCACAUCUGACAAUGAGACUAGAGACUCUUCAAUCAUUGAUCCAGGGACUGAACAAGACCCACCGUCUCCCUCUCCCCUCUCUGCUAAAGAAUUUAGAAUAGAAGUCUCAUCUUCAUUUACAGAAGAUAUACUGCUGCCCGCAAGGCCACAGGCUGUAGAGGAGCAGCCUGGCAGCAACAUUAAAUAUGAAGACAGUAAAGAAAUGAAAGAACUCCCGAGUCCUAAGGAGACAAAUGUUAUGGAGGAUGAUGGCGAGCUACCUUCCACGUCCAUAUCGGCAGUGUUGGCUGACUUGGCAGACUUGCGGGGAUGUGACGGCCAGCCAUCGCCCACACAGGACAGUCAGGAGUUCGGUGUCUCAUUAAAUUGCGAGCAUUCCAGGGGACUUUUUAGUCAUAUACAGCAGAAUGACAUUUUAGACACCCUGUGCAGAACCAUCGAGUCCACGAUUCUCGUGGUCUCCAGGAUAUCAGGAAAAGAAAACAAAGCUGCUUCUUGACAUUAGUUGUAGCAUGUGUGCUUUUAAGUCUUUAUUUUUUUUUUUUAAGCUGUUUGUAUACAAGUUUUGCAGGGUUUUUUGUUUUGUUUUUAUUUUUCAGUUUUUCUUUCUUUCGUGCUUCAGUUUGUGCUUUCUGCUUGGAUGGCAAGAUAGAUUUAUAUGCUUAAUUCUCUUGGUCAGGCAGAAGUCAAGAAACAAAUUGCAUCUGCAGUACACUUUGUAAAGGCCAAUCAUAAUGGUUAUGUUUUAUGUAAUUCAGGUUCGCUGUAGUGGCUUUCAUUUAAAUGGCCGCUUGGAAUAAUGGGGAAGGGGAUACCCCUUACCCAAUAUAAUGUAAUUUAAACUUGUCAUUUUUACCGUGUAUAAUAUGGUGUCCUCUGUGCCAGUUUUGUACCUUAUAAUAGAGGCAGUUGCCUCAAAUUGCUGUGGUUCUUAUUAUCAAAAUUAAGUUUACUUGUACUAAACCACAAGAAAUUUGAUUCUGUUAAGAAUCCUAUCUAGCUGUGGCCUGGCAGUAUAUAUGGUGCUUUAUUUAACAGAAUACCUGUGGAGGAAAUAAAGCACACUUGAUGUAAAGAAACAGAAAAAAACAAAAAUAAUUGUUUUAUUUUAUUGACAUGAUUGAUCGCUAUUCUGUGCACUUCAUUAAACUAAUUGUGACAACUUUUCA